CCGCCAGGUAAGUCUCCCCUGCGUUACACCCCCCGCUCUUAACCCUCCACUUGGUCUCGCCCGCCAGGUGAGUCUCACCUGCACCAGGCGGCUGACUGCAUUCCGAGGCGUUCCACUCCCAGGCCACGCAGCGUGAGUGCGGGAGCUGGCCGGUUCAACACUCACUCACCAGUCUCACCUGGGGAUCACUCACCUGGGGGUCACUCACCUGGGGGUCACUCACCAGGGUCUCUCAACAGGGGUCUCACCUGGGGGUCACUCACCUGGGGGUCACUCACCUGGGGGUCACUCACCGGGGUCUUACUCACCAGGGGUCUCACUCACCUGGGUCUCACUCACCUGGGGUCACUCACCUGGGUCUCACUCACCAGGGGUCACUCACCUGGGUCUCACUCACCAGGGGUCACUCACCUGGGGGUCACUCACCUGGGUCUCACUCACCAGGGGUCUCACUCACCAGGGGGUCACUCACCUGGGUCUCACUCACCAGGGGUCGCACUCACCUGGGGGUCACUCACCAGGGGUCACUCACCUGGGGUCUCUGGGAGUGACUGCCACCACCUCCGCCAUCGGCCAAGAUGAGCACUGUGAUAGAAUCUCCGCCGCAGUCUGCACGGCACCAAGGGCCGUAUGGGAUGGCCAACGUUGACGCUGGGGAGGUGUCCGUCCGCGAGCGUUGUGUGGUCCUCCAGAAGCAGGACAACGAGGGCUUCGGCUUCGUCCUCCGCGGGGCCAAAGCGGACGUGCCGGUCUCAGAGUUUGAGCCGACCGCGGCCUUCCCGGCGCUGCAGUACCUGGAGAAGGUCGACGAGGGCGGGGUGGCGGCCCGAGCCGGCCUCACCACCGGGGCCUUCAUUGUGGAGGUGAACGGUAAAAACGUGGUGAAGAGCGGUCACCGCGACGUGGUGAACGUGAUCCGGCACAGCGGCAACCGCCUGGCCAUCAAGACCGUGACGGUCACGCGGAUAGAAAAGCCAGAGCCGGAGCCGGAGCCCGAGGCGGACUCCAGCACGGAGCCGGAGUCCGAUCCGGGCAGCGCGGCUCCCAACACCAUCCGCAAGAAAGCGCCCCCCCCACCGCCCCCCAAGCGAUCCCCCGGCACGGUGCUGACCCAGAAGUCAAAGUCCGUGGCGGAUGAACUUGCGGAACUGGAGAAACUGGAUGAGAUGCUGGCCGAUGAGGAAGGGCCCAUCCCUGAUGAUGGUACCAGGGGCGGAACGACGGUGAACACCAACCUCACCCCCAGCCAGCGCCUCCAGAUCCUCAGCAACAAGUCGUCGUCCAAGCCCCCCGCCCGCGUGUCCCAGUCCAUGCAGGAGAUCCCCUACUUCGACCUGGUGGACACCACAGACAUCCCUCCCCCACCCAGCGCGCCGCCGCCGGCACCACCCCAGCCGGACCACGACCGCCGCCGUCGCCACGACGACGACGGCGACGACGAGGUGACGGCGAUGACCGACGAGGAGGUGCAGCCCCCGCCGCCGCCGGCCUACGCGCCGCCGCCAACGCCCACGGGCCCCGCCGACGUCACCGACGACGGCUUCGAGUUUUUUGCCGAGCCGCCUCCCGCGCCGCCGUUCGCUCCUCCGCCUCCUCCGGCCGCGGCGGCGCCGCCGGUGCCGCCCGCCGUCACUCCGGAGCUGCUGCUCCUGCAGCAGCGGCAGCAGCAGCAGCAGCGGCAGCAGCGGCCUCUGUCGACCUUUAACCCCACGGCGACGUACCGAGUGUUCACCGCCGGAGAGGUGGAGUCGCCACCGCCGCCGCCGGCGGUGACCCCACCGCCACCGCCGACGACUCCGCCGCCGCCACCGCCGGUGAAAUCCCCUCCUGCUACCACUGCUUCUCUUCCCCGUGCUCGCACCGAGAAGCCGGCAGUGGCGGCGGCACCGCCGCCGCCGGCGCCGCCGCCGCCACCGGCACCGGCUGCGGCGGCGGCGGCAGCGGAGCAGCGCGGCAGGGGGGUGGAGGAGGAUCUGGCCGCUGCCGCCGCUGCCGCGGUGGCACCGGCGAGCGGAGCCGGGCCGGCGAGUGACGGCGCUGGGGCGGCGCGGCCGGCGCCGUUCGCAUCGGCGGUCGCCGGCGCUUCGGUCGACCGCAAGAAGCAGCAGCAGCAGAGGGACGACUCCUCCGCUCCUUCUCUUCCGGCGGCGGCGCCGGCGACGCUGGCGGCGGCGCCGACCGUCACGGUCCCGGCCGCGGCGCUGUCGGUGAACGAUCGCCGCGGCUUCCUCCACCCGGUGACGGGGCAGCCGCUGGACCCCGGCUCCCCGAUGGCGCUCAUCCUGGCGGCGCGCCAACGCUCCAUGAACCGCACCAAGGGCAAGGAUGACGAUGGCGGUGGUGCCGCGGUGGAACCACCGCCACCGCCACCGCAGCAGCAGCGUCAGCAGCAGGCGGCGCCGCCGUUGCCGGCGGAGGUGAUCGAGGUGGUCGAGGAGGUGGAGGAGGUGGAGGUGGUGGAGGAGGUGAAGGAGGUGGAGCAGCAGGAGGCGAGGAGCGAGGCACCGGUGGUACCGCCGGCUCUCUCCCUGCCCGUCGAGGAGGUGAAGGAGAUGGAGGAGGUGGAGGAGGUGGAGAGGGGGCAGGAGGAGGAUGAUGAGGAGGCCGUGUCCGAUGAGCCGCUGCCGCCCCCCGCCCAGUUCUCCGGCCGCACCGCGGCCGAGGUGAAGGAGGUGGAGGAGGUGGAGGAGGUGGAGGAGGAGGUGGAGAGGGGGCAGGAGAAGGAUGAGGAGGAGGAGGCCGGAAAGUACCGGGGGGCCACGGAACUCGGCCAGGGUACGUCCGCAGCGGAGGAGACGGAGCGCCCGCACCACGGCGGCGGCGGUGACGACGACGACGACGACCCGGACAACCCGGAGAACCCGGAGAACAAGAUCCGGCUGCGGGCGACGAGGCUGCCGGAUCCGGACCGCCGCACCACGAUGCGCAUCACCCCCUCCUCGCCGGCCUCCCCGGGCUUCCACCAGGCCACCCCCACCACCACCGCCACCGCCACCUUCCCCCCCACCCCGACAUCGCCGGGCGGCGCCACGACGUCGCCCAACUUCGGGCUCUCCGGCAACAACCGCUACGGCCACAGCGCGGCUCCCUGGCGGGGCGGGCGCCAGCGCGGCCCCCCGACCUCCCCCAAGCCGCCGGGGCUUGCCAUGUCGGCGGCCGCGGUGCCGGCGGCGGCGGCGGGCGCCGGUGGCGCCCACGCGGCCAAGCGGGAGGUGCUGAGCGAGCUGACGCAACGCGUUCAUCGGCAGGACGGCGGCGGCGACAGCGUCCAGGGAGAACCGGCGCCGGGCACCACGGCCGCCGCCAAGGGUAGUGAUGGCUAUGGUGCCACCUUCUCCAUCCGGCCCAACGCACCGCGGCCCAUGGUGAAGCUGACGGGCGGCCCUCCGGUGGCACGGCCCGCCGACGUCGCCGACGCCGCCACGGCCGCCGUUGCCGGGCAACCGUCGCCGACGGUCCCCCGCAACCCGGCGGCGACGGUCGCGAGACCCGCCGCCGCCAUCUUCCUGCCGCCGUCUCCGGCGGAGACGCAGCGCUACCCCGAGCCGGUCGCCGCCGCCGGUCCCUCCCCUCCUCCUUCCCCCGUCGCCGCCGCCGCCCCCGUCGCCGCGACGACGACCCCCGCCGUCGCCGCGACGACGACCCCCGCCGCCCCCGCCGUCGCCGCGACGACGACCCCCGCCGCCCCCGCCGUCGCCGCGACGACGACGGUGGCGUCGUGGUCGCAGAAGCCGCUGGAGCAGUGGGGCAAGUACGAGGUGGCGGCGUGGCUCGACUCGCUGAACCUGUCGGAGCACCGCGCCCGCUUCCUGGCCAACGACAUCGACGGCACCCACCUGCCCGUGCUGAGCCGCGAGGACUUCACCGACCUCGGGGUGACGCGCGUCGGCCACCGCAAGAACAUCGAGCAGGCCGUCAAGGCCCUCCUGCGCUGAGUGGCCACCUCGUCGCCCACGUCCCCCCCCGCGCGUUACCCCACACCCACCCACGCCCACCACCACCCCCCCCCCUGCUGUGGGAUGGGUGGUGGGGGGGCUGUGUCUGCGGUGGGUUGGUGAGGGUAGUUACGUUGGUGGCGGCGGUGGGGAUUGCACCGGUGGCAGCGGUUGAAUGCAUUGGUGGCGGCGGUGGGGAUUGCAUUGGUGGCAGUGGUUGCAUUGUUGCAUUGGCGGGGUUGCAUUGCAUUGGUUUGCAACGAUU